AUGACUGUUAAUGGGUUCAGCGGGCCUCUUCUCUCUCCGCAAUACGUUGAUUUCCCCCUGGUCACCACGAAGCGGGCAUUAAGAGAACAUUUAAAGCAUCAUGUGGCUAAGUUCAUAUCGAAGAAGAACAUCGACCCUCGAGACGAAUCGCAGUUUACUCGUCCCGUCAGACUACAACGCCGGGAUCCAAGAGCUUCUACGGAACAAACUGCAGUCGAUAGGCAAGAAAAUGGACAAAAAGAGCCACGGGAUGGAGGUUUUUCUGAAGCUGAUCGGGAGGCGUUGGAGGCGAAAAAGGCCGCCAGGGCUAAGGAACGCGAAGAGAAUUUGGCCCAAAUUGCUCCGUCGGCCUCUGGUGUCGUCAAGCGCACAAAUGCCCCGAAGCAGCGCAUCCAACAGGUGUUCAAAGCUGAGAUGACUCCAGGCGAGAUCGCGAAAGCUCGAGUGAAGUACGAAGAAGCGCUGCCAUGGCAUUUGGAGGAUUUCGAUAAUAAAAACUCUUGGACUGGCAAAUACGAAGCCGCCAUGUCGGAGACAUACGCAAUGUUUGUUUUAGAAAGUACGGGCAAAAUGCGAAUGGUGCCGAUAGACAAGUGGUACAAGUUCAAUGCAAAAAAUCCGUUCAAAGCCCUCACCAUCGAAGAGGCUGAGAAAUACAUGUCUAAGAAAAUCAAAGACCCGCGGUGGUUUAUGGAAAAGGAACAGGCUCAAAGGGAGGAAAAAGAAUUGGCAAAGUUCGCGCAACAACGCAAAGUCUAUACAGGAAGGGUCGUUUCGACCGGUAUUGGUGAAGGUGGAGAAGGCGAUGACAUGGAUUUUGAGGAGGAUAGAUUCGCAGACGAUGAAGAACACGUGGUUGUGGAAGAAGACGAGGAGGCCAAGUUGGCAGAGAAGCGAAUCAAAAGGGAUCAGCUCAAGGCUAAUGUAUUCGAUUUACGAGAUGAAAAGGAUUACGACGCCGAGGAGAACCAGGAACGAAGAGAGAAAGAGGCGCUGAAGGAAUUUGGGAAGCAAGUCCGGAAAGCUCUUCAGCAUCCGUUGAAAAAAGGUCCCGCACAGCAAAUAAGGAAACGCCCUGGUUCUCCAAACGGUUCAGACGCCAGCGGUACAGACACCCCGCGCAAGAAAGUCAAGAACAAACAUAUGCCUCAGUCUUUGUCUGCUUAUGCGUCAAAACCUGGCUCAAGACCGAUGUCUCCAGCCCCCUCCGCGACUUCGACUACCGCUGUUCCAGCCUCCCAGCGUAAAGAUGCCACCAAACCAGCGGGAAAGAAACGUGUCCGCACAGGAGCCGCCGGCGCGGGUUCAGGCAGUGAUGUGGAUAGAGGCGUAGCUUCCGGCGCAGAAAUGAGCGACAACGGAAUCGCAAAGAAACUGAAAAUCAACCCACCCGGCGUAUCAUCGAAGAAAGGCACACCAGCUGGUUCCCGCGCCGGUAGCCCAGGCCCUGUUUCUGGAAAGCCCAGAUUGGCUGGCAAUCGAGCAGGUAGUCCUCCUGGUGGUGCCCCAGGCGCAGUGUCUGCCUCCUUCCCCACCCCCGCUGAGGUUCAUGCUGCGAUCCCAUCCACUGGUAUCUCGACCUCCGAUUUACUCAAGAUCUUCCGCGUUCGUCUCGGCGAUAUCGCAGUUAACGGCCCAAAGUUCAUUGCCAUUGUCAAGCAGGUCAGUGCUUAUAAUAAUAAUGAUAAGUUAGUGAGACCGGCGCCGAAUCUCGAAUCUUCCGGCUCUUAA